UACUCCUCUUCCAUCAGAUGCAGCUGAAUUUCAAACCAUGCCAAAGGCUUCUUGCCAGGUGUGCAAGGAAAGUAUGCCUCUGCAUGAAGUCUCAGUCAACAGAACAGGAAGAUGAGGACAUGAAAGAAUGCCCAAUCUGUGUUUGCUGCUUUCCAGUGAAUGAGAUUGCCCAGCAUGCAAGCCUGUGUGGUGAAAGACCUGAGGACACUUCCACUCACAUGACAGACGUUUAUGUCAGUACUGACUCUGAGUGCAGUGUGCCAAGCAACGGAACAGAUCCUUUGACUGAUUUAGUCAGUGAAGCAGAUGUGCUACAGUGGCUUUUAAGUCAGGUGGAUACCAGCAAAAACUUUAGGAUUUGCAUCACUCGCAAUGAUCUUGUUCAAAGAGGCUUCAUUCAGUGGCAACGACAGAAGAAGGCUUCCCCUGUGAACAAACUCCACGUGACUUUUAUCGAAGCAGGAAUUGAUACUGGUGCAUUAAGCAAAGAAGUUUUGACUGAAAUGAUGCAUGGUAUUGAGACUCGACUGUUUGAAGGCAGUGGCAAGAAGGGAAAGAGUCCUGUCUACUCUAUCAGUGAUUUAGAAAGUAGUUUCUACAGAACUGCAGGAGAAGUGUUUUCAGUGAGCCUUGCACAGGGAGGUCCACCACCAUGCUUCCUGAGAAGCUGGUGUUAUCAGUUUCUUGCAACAGGAAACUUCGAUGUUCUUCAGCUGACCAAAGAUGAUGUGGAUGACACAGAAUAUAGGUCUCUAAUCGAAAAGGUGGAAGUGGCAGACAACCUGACAGACCUCACUGAAGACAUUGUGAGCUGUGGUUACACAGGACUUGUGAAGUUGGACAGACGGGACAGUAUAAUAAGAUCAAUUGUUGUGCAUGCUACGGUGCGUCUGACUCCAAUGCUACAGCAAAUCAGAAAUGGCAUGAAGAUCUACAACCUUCUGGAGGUGAUUGGAAGGUAUGAAAGUCUGUUCAAACCUGUUUGUUCCCAGCGAUGAGAAUGAUGAUACAGCGCCGGAUGCUGAUUACAUAAUGAGCAUCCUUGAGCCUGAGCUGAGUGAGAGGGGAAGUCCAAGGCAUGCCAAAGAAAAUGCCAUCAUCAACUUCUUCCAAGACUUCCUGGAGAACCUUGAAACCUCAGGUUUGUGCCGUCGGCCAGUUACUGGUAUUAUCAUCAAACCAACAUUAACACAACAGCUGUUACAAAUAUAGUGUUGUAACAUUUCUUUCAAACGUACUGUACUCUGCAAAAUUGUCAUCACGGAACUGAAAUCUCUGUAAAGAUUUGUUUAUAUGUUUUGAUGUUUUAUACAAUCUACCACAUGUCUAAAUGACAAAAUUGGUUUUGCAUAUUAAUUAAUUUUGUGGCAUGACAGUUAAAGAUUUAAAGUAAGUCAAAUCUGCUUCUUCAGAUCAGGAUAAAGACAAAAAGAGCUGUGAGUAUGGGAUACAAGUCCUACAGGACCAGGAACAGGACCAGGAAGAAUACUGGAUUUCCAAACACCAACCACCGAGAAUGUCUGUCCCAGCGAUUAUGCAGUGGUUAACUGGACAAAGACACAAACCAUGCCUUCCUUCAGAAAGGGCAAGUUUUAAAAUACAUGUAAGAUUUGAGCAUCAAUGCAAAGAUACGAUGCCUGGACACUACAUAUGUUACCCACUUGUAAGUGCCUGCACAAACACAAUCAUCUUUCCUGUGGCACACAUGAACUCAUACACAGAGUUCACAGAAGUUAUGACAACAGCUGUCACAAUGGGGAGAGAUUUCAGCCGUGUGUAGUUGACACUCAAAUAGCAUGCCAUCACAUGUUAUGCAGUAUUGCACUGUAUUUCUACUAUUUGUGUAACCCUUUAAACCUAUUUCAGUUCUUGGAACAGAGUAAAAAAGGAAAAAAGAUUUACAGUUAGAUUAUUUUUCCAUGUUGUUUCACUUACUUUUUGUUCUUAUAAUGUUAAAAACUAUGUUCACAAAACGGAGGAGCCCAUUCAGAAGACUGCUGUGACCAGGAGAUAUUUUAUUUUGUAUUCUUAUGAUCACAGUUAUAAUUAGAAGUAUCAAUCAUUAAUCAUUUAUCAUUGUGGAAUCUGAGGACAGUAUAAUCUUUGUUUUAUAUCUAUGGUAAUCUGAGUAAAGAUUAAUGUAUGCAGGUUAUCAUCAUUGUAAUCAAGUCUCAAAUGGUAUCCACAGCAUUGUAUUCACCGUCCAUAACUGGAGGGUCCAGCAGGACCUUGUUCUAAUUCAUUUGCAGGCCUACAUCAGAACAUGCACAUAGAGAGUUAUGUAAACACGCACGUUUACCCUUAUUUACACAGGGAGGUCAUGUCAGGACAUUCUCUAGUUGGACACACAGGCUCACAGAACUGCACAACAUGCCAUGUCACACACUUGUUUUUCUCUAAAGUAUCAUCUGAUGUUUGUAUAAAGAGAACUUUGGACUAUGGGGAGACUGUUAUCAUUUCCAGUAAGGUCUAACUGUGUGAUGGGUUAUAUAAGGAUGGGGAACAAUCCACUCUUGAGAGAUCUGUGGCUGUACGCUUGUCUUCCCAUGCUUCUGUCUUAGAAGUGUGUAAUAAAAUCACUAUUCUGACAUCUACUGAGACCAUGCAGUCGUUUGUCUUCUCCUCAAAACUCGAAUCAUGACAUUUCUGGGAUAAAUAUCUUGACAAAAUUUGAGAACUUUGUGUGAUUGCUGGGAGAUUUUUAGUUGGGUCGUAUUUCCUUCUCUACCUGGAAAAGGCAGAGAUCUGUGCUUUAUUUGAUGUUGUGUAAAUAAAGCUUUUAAAAGUUGGUUGAGUCUCUCGUAUAAGGAGGGAAAACGAUGCAUGGUAGAUUGUCUGGAUUAUU